CCAGAGACGAGAAAAUAGAGGGAAAAAAAAUCGUAAUUGUAGGGGAGAAAGAAGGGUAGUUGAGAGAUAUUUGUAUUUUCGGAAAUUUCCAAAUUUGCUUCCUUAAGAUUAAUGAAAAAAAUUCCUCAAUUAAAUUCUAUGUAAUAAAAGAUUAAAGAGUGAGGAAUUUGAUAAAAGCAAAACUAAAUUAUGUAACUGAGAGGAAUUCGUAGUCCUUCUCACUUCUCUCCUUGGUGGGUUUUUGUCUUUGGAUCUCAGAAUACUUACCUCGUCUUCUUGAAUUCCAAUCUAAGCAUUCAAUUCUUAUUGCAUGAAUUAGUCUCUUAAAAGAUGAAUGUUCUUAAUCAGGUAGUCUUCAUGGUAUCAGUCACUGUGCUGAGCUUCUGCAGCUAAUUUCCUGGCACCUCCCAAGUUGUUAUAUGAGUAACUAUUGCAGGUAGGAGAAUUUGUGCAUGACAGGUAUAGAAAACCUUGUAUUCCUGUGGUAAUGGGCUAGAAUAGAAUCUUAUAAAGGAUUACGGUUACUAAGAAGCUUGGUGGAAGUGAAGCAUUAAUGGGCAAGCUUGAAUAUUAAGAUGAAUAAUGUUGGGGGGAGAAGCAGAAUAUGAAAGAGUGGUGUAGGUAUAUACUCACUACGGGUAGGGUAGGGAAAAACUAGAGAACUCUAACCAUAAGAAGCAUUCCUAGGUAGUGAGAUUUAAAUGCUAUUAUAAUGUAAACUAAUUCUCCUUAUGGCUAAAGAGUGAGGAGUUUCCUUUCAGAUUUUUGAUUAACCAACUGCUAUAGGACUUUUAUUUUAGGGAAACCGGCUUUUAAACAGAAAAGAAAAGUACAAUAUUCAUCAAGAGUUGCUGAAUGGUGUAUUAAUAUUGCAAAAUGUUUUCAUUUGGUCCAUAUGCUUAUUAUUCAAAUUAGACAUCUAAUUUGACUGAUAAGCAAGUUGCCAAUGCCUAGAAAUUGCUGUUAAAUGUUUCAUCAAUACCGCUCAGCAAAGUAAGUGUACUUCUUUCAUAUUGCCAUAAAAAUCUACAAUUUUUAACAUGUGCAUAAUUUUGAAAGAUAAAACAGAUGAAAUAGCAGAAGUACCCUAGGACAGAUAGUAUAUGAUGUAAUGGGUUAACCUAUCUGUUAAGGCUGCAUCUUUUUGUUUGUUAUAUUCAGUCUCUUGAUUUAUACCUUUCAUUACAGGCUUGGAUUAUAAAUGAUGAACAUGAAAAAGUAGUAUGAAAUUAAGGUGUUGCCUAUCUCAUGUUCCUCCAAAACAUGAUAGAAGAGUCUAGCCCUUUCUCUUUUUUCAUACUGUUCUAGUGAAUGCAACCAACCACACAGUAUCUGCAUGCUAUGAGUUUCAUUUAGCCGAAGACCCGAAUUCUCGGAAAGUGACAGGAAACUAAAACACUACCAGACACAUAAAAUAGGGGCAAACAUUGAUAAAUUGUUUUGCACAUGUUUUGGAUUGUUUUCGUUAUGACACUUCUGACUUGUGUGCAUUCCCAGUUUUAGCAAAAAAUUUAUAGGCUGAGACACUGACUUGCACAUACUUUGGAUGACUUGAGUGCUAAAUGUGCACUUCACGUGAAAAUGAAUGUUCAAUUUUUAUGAUUCUUCCAAGCUUUGUAGUCCAAAUAUAAGUCUUCGAUUUGGGAACAGACAGAAAACAAAGAAGGUAGUACCUAACAGUUAUAUGUAAUGAAAAAAUUGAUUUGUUGAGGAGAAAGAAUUCAGAGCUUCUCUGUCAAGGAUAAAGACAUUAAACCUUAGUUUCAGGUCAAAUUAGAGGAUCAUUCUGGGAGCUGUAAUUUUUUGGAAUUAAUCCCAUUCCCUUCAUCAUCCAAAGCUUCAGAAUGAUUGUUCUUAGAUUCUAAGAGGCUACUGACAACUCUAUUGAAAUAUAAAUUUCAGUUUCAUAUAUUUCUUCAGCAGUUGUUUUUCCUGUAAAUAAUGAAGAAGAUUUUCUGUCCAGAUCUUCAAUAUAUAAUGCUAAAUUACGCCUAUUAGUUCAUUAUCUGUUCAGCCAUAUUGCCUUCACAGUGAAGUGUACCAGGGAGUAGUGGACUAAUGGCUGCAGCAGAAGCAAGGGCUGCUUGGCAGCGCACGGCUAACCGCUGUUUUGUCCAAGAAGAUGCCAAGAGAGCGCCGAAGAUAGCUUGCUGCCCCUCAUCAUCUUCAACUUCUAAACCAGAGUAUGAUAUGGGUCCUGGGGAUUUUCCAAAUGAGCAAGAUCAUCCCUCAGAGGGGUUCAUGCCUCUUAACUGGAACCCCUCAAAUUCUAAUCUACCACCUGACACAAAAUGGUGGCUCCAUCUGCAACCCAAUUUUGCAUACCAGAAGGAUUUCACAAAUGAGCAGUUGAAUGCCUUGGAGACUGAACUAGAAGUGCUGAGAGCUGGGGAGGUAAACAAAGCCCCCAAAUUUGGUGGGAGCCACCCACUUAGUGAAGAAGACUUUGCCCACAUUGAUAGCAACAAAAGUUCUGGAUCUUAUUUUUCCCAGCUGGGUCGGGCCCCUGUCACCUGUAUGAUGCAUGAUGCAAAAUCCAAAAUACACCAGCUAAAGGCUGUGGGCAUCAACAAAACACAGGGGCCAGCUGGGCAUAAGGACAAAGAGGACUACUGGUAUGGAAAUGAGGAGUUAGGGAGCUUGGAUCCCAACCUAUUCUCAAAACCAUCCAAGAAGCUUAGUUCUGACUUGGAGUCCCCUUGGAUGAGAGCCGAGAAGACUGAGCCAUGGUGGCGCACUGUGGAUGAAAACGAGUUAGUUUCUUUGGUUGCACAAAAGUCACUGGACCUUAUUGAGAAUUGUGAUCUUCCACGGCCCCAGACAAUGCGUGUUAGCCGAGGCCCAUUUACUUGUUCCGAAUGUUCUGACAAUGGAAGCAUUUUCUUGUCAUCUUUAGAUCAGAAGACGAACACUGUUCUCCCCAAUCCAAGUGAUUAUUCACGAGGUAGUUGCACUUCAGGAAGUGUGGAUGGAAAUCAAACUAAAUAUUGUGAAUCAGGCCAUCCAAUCUAUGAUUCAGAAAGACUCUUCAGCAGCUGCAAUUGUCACAUUGGAAACAAUGGGGAUCCAACAGAACCUUGCCACCUCUCUAAGAGUGAUCCAAGCAAGGCUCAACUGUUGGAAGCACUCUGCCAUUCCCAAACCCGGGCGAGGGAAGCUGAGAAGGCCGCCCAGCAGGCGUACACGGAGAACGAACACAUGAUCAAGCUCUUCUUCAUACAAGCCUCGCACUUAUUUGCCUAUAAGCAGUGGUUGAAACUAUUGCAACUGGAGACCCUUUGCCUCCGGCUUAAGAACAAGGACCAACCAAUCUCCACUGUCUUUCCAUACAAAGGUAGACAACUGAUCAAGCAUCAGCUCAAGGCUGUGGAGCAGAAACGAGGUGCACCGAAGUGCGACAUCAGUAAGUAUGCUGUUGCUUUUGCAGUGGGUUUAGGUCUUGCUAGUGCUGGUUUGUUUCUCGGAUGGACCAUGGGGUGGUUGCUACCUUCAUUCUAGAAAAAAAUGACACACGUAACACAAAAUUUCAGAGCCAGGUAAAACAGUUAAUGUAUCCUUCAGGACAAAAAUUUCCAGUUGGUUUGAAGAUUGGAGAACAGGGGAGUGUGGGAAGUGGGUAGUGUUUCUUGUCUUUUAUUUGUAUGUGCUGUUUAGAUUCCUCUGUGUAUUUAAAAAUCUUUUUCAUUUGUGUUAUUUGGUGUACAUGGGAUGGUUUGUACAUUUGUAUAUAUAUGGUGAACAUAUUUGGAAGGAGGAAGAUAUCAUCCAUCUUUCAAUGGUGUCUCAGAUUGGUAUAACAGAGCUGGGAUUCAAAGAUC